AUGGUGCACCUACCCAGCAUAUGCACCAUCUCCCUCGGCCGCUGCGCCGCAGGCCACACACUAGACCACAAACUCGACAUGGCAGCCAAACACGGCUUCCGCGGCAUCGAGCUCUUCUACGAAGACCUAGUCGAGCUCACAAAGUCCAUGAACGGCGGCAAAACCCCUGAAAACCAACUAUCCGCCGCAACAACCAUCCGGCAAAUGUGCCAGAAGCGAGGCCUCUCCAUCAUCUGCCUUCAGCCAUUCAUGCACUACGAGGGCCUCGUCGACCGAGCUUUGCACCAGCAGCGAAUUCAGGAGAUGCAUCUAUGGGUGAAGCUGGCCCGCAAUCUGGGCACCGACCUGAUUCUUCUGCCUAGUAGUAAUUUGGAUCCAGAGCAUAUUACAGAGGACAUGGAUGUGAUUGUUGCGGAUAUGAGGGAGGUAGCUGAUAUUGGAGCACAAGUACAACCGCCUAUUCGGUAUGCGUUUGAGGCCUUAUGCUGGGGGACUAGAGUUGAUACCUGGGAAGCUAGUUGGGAUGUUGUCCGGAGAGUUGACAGAUCCAAUUUUGGAAUUUGUCUCGACUCGUUCAAUAUUGCUGGGAGGAUAUACGCGGAUCCAACUUCCCCUUCUAGAUGCACCCCAGACUGUGAUGAGGCGGUCGUUCGAUCAAUGGCCAGAUUGGUCCUCGACGUGGAUGUCACCAAGUUAUUUCUGCUGCAGGUCGCAGAUGCGGAAAAGUUGUCUGAACCACUUACGCCGACGCACGAGUUUUAUAAUCCAGAGCAACCUGCGCGGAUGAGCUGGUCCCGUAACGCGAGGUUAUUCUAUGGAGAGUCAGAAUACGGUGCAUAUCUACCGGCCCGAGCAAUUCUAAGCACAAUUGUGAGAGAUUUAAAGUACGAAGGAUGGCUGAGCUUUGAAGUCUUCAACAGGGAAUUCUUCAAUCCCGACGCCAGAGUACCAUUGAAAAUGGCAAACAGGGCAUCCCGCUCAUGGAAUAAAAUGGUUACAGAAUUGGGAUUAAACACGGAACAAACUAGCGAACGAAUGCAGCCCAUGUUAUAA